CGAGUGCUUGCUUGACAUCACAAGAUACAUGACAUGAAAGUAACUUUAUCAACUUAACAGAGAGACAAUAAUACUUUUGUUUUAUUGUUUAAAGCUUUUUAAGAUUUGUGAUUUACAUCGCGUGUGUAUUUUAUUGCACAAUUUAUUGAUAUUGAAUAUUUGUAUGGUUAUACAAAUAUUCAUAAGUCUAAACAUUGUAAUCCACUAAGCCCGACCGGUGAUCAUAGGCUCGGGCUGUUAUCAUCUCAGCAAGAGGAUUUUGAGCUUUUUUAACUACUACACCAAGCUUUGGUAUGGGUGCUCAUGUGUCAAGAACUGACUUUGAGUGGACUUACACAGAAGAACCACAUGCAAGUAGAAGAAAAGAAAUACUUGAAAAGUAUCCAGAAAUCAAGAAACUGUUUGGGUAUGAUCCCAAUUUCAAAUGGAUUGUGACAGCAAUGGUAAUAACUCAAUUUGCAAUGUUCUUUGUAAUGAAGGACCAAUCGUGGUUAAUGAUAUUCUUGGUGGCUUAUUGCUUUGGUGGUGUCAUCAACCAUUCUCUUAUGUUAGCCAUUCAUGAAAUUGCUCACAACUUAGCAUUUGGGCAUUCAAGGCCAUUAGCAAACAGGUUGUUGGGAAUCUUUGCCAAUUUACCGAUUGGCUUGCCGUUUUCAGUAACUUUUAAAGGAUACCAUCUUGAGCAUCAUCGAUACCAAGGAGAUGAGAAGCUUGAUACAGACAUACCAACCUACGUGGAGGCUAAGCUGUUCUGUACGACGCUGGGCAAGUUCAUGUGGGUCGUGCUGCAGCCGCUGUUCUACGCGUUCAGGCCACUUUUUACAUAUCCAAAGUCACCAACGCCUCUGGAGAUCAUCAAUACUGCCAUUCAACUCGUGUUUAAUGCUUUGGUUGUUUAUUACUUUGGAGGUAGAGUGUUAGCAUACAUGUUUGCUGGUUCUCUGAUGGCAAUGGGUCUACAUCCCGUGGCGGGUCACUUCAUUUCCGAGCACUACAUGUUCAAGAAAGGCUUUGAAACCUACUCCUACUAUGGGCCUCUGAAUAAGAUCACCUUCAAUGUAGGCUACCACAAUGAACAUCACGACUUUCCUUAUGUACCUGGCUCUAGACUGCCUGAGGUGAAAAGGAUAGCAGCUGAAUAUUACGACAACCUUCCGCAACACCACUCGUGGACGGCUGUUCUCUAUGACUUCAUCACAGACCCGGACAUCGGCCCUUACGCCAGGAUCAGACGAAAACAUCGAGGUCUCUCCUCAUGAGGUUGCGAUUGCCAACCUUACACACAUAAAUGUUGCUAGUCCCUAGUUUUGUAUGGCGUACACAUAUUUUAAAAUUUUAAGUGUUUAUGUGUACGACAAUUGGUACACAUCUUUAGUAAAUUUUAUUUAUUUUAUAUUUAGUGCGCUUUGCUUAUUUAUAUUGUAAUAUUAAUUUAUAUCGAAUAAGAUAUGUAUUGAAGUAAGAUAUGGCAUUUAGUGUGUGGGAUGUUUGGAGAAGUGAGUUUUUUUAUGGGGAUAAUGUUUGGUGCAGACGGGCUUGAUUAAUCUGUAUGUUUGUUAGCUGGAAUUUUGUACUUGUCUGAGGUUAUUAAUAAUUAUUUAUAAUAGCUACGUAACUCUGUAAAUCUUCAGCUUUUUAUCGUUAACAGGUUGUUGGGUUGGUCGAAUUGAUUACAUACAUUUUUUUAUGACAUUAAACAGACUCCCAGUGUUUACAAAAUGUAGACCCACACAUUAAGUCGAAAAUAUUUUCUUUUUUGUUCCUUUUCUAAAGCAUUUUGUUCAACAAGAUCGUUGUGAUAAAAUUUGUAACAAUGUUUUUUAUGACCUUUUUGGCAUAAUUCCUCAAACUUACUUAUUUAUAUAUCUGUCUCGGUGAAUAAACAUUCAGCUUAAAAGAGUUUGUCUGUACAACAAGAGUAUUCUUCAAUAAUUAUAUUGUACAAACUAAUAUAAUUUAUUUGUAUUCCUAUUAGUUUUUGCUUAUGUUGUAGACAACAAAGCAUUUAAAUAACAAAUUGUAUUAAUGAACAAAAUAUGUUAUCUUUUAGUAGUACAAAUUAAAUAGUCCACCUAUUUAAACUCCUAGUUAUCCUAAACAAUAUUUUUUUAAUAAAGCAGUUAAGCACUGAACUGGGUAUUAUAUCUGAAAAUAACACUUACCAAAAAGAGGUUGCGGCCCCUUUUAACUUUGUAUUUGCAAGCUCGCAUAAGCCUUGGGCCUGUGUUUGGAAUGUAUCUAGCAAAGCAAGGGGUGAGCCUUGUACAACCGUACAGAUAAAAUUUAGUGGUCGGUACCAUCACUGUCGCAAUUGGAAGUCCAUCACGCUACCAACUGAGCCACCGACUCACCAAACUGGCUCUAUUUUAUAGUUUAACUACUUCAAUCGUGCCAUUGGUUUGUAAGGUUGGUAAGGUGAGGGUCCAAACAGUGUUAUAUGUUAUCAAGUUCUGCCAACAGCUCUAUACUAAUUAAUUGUCUUGAACUACAAUUUUUAUACAGUUUUAAGUUUUCCUUUUUCCACUUUUCGUAUUUUUUACUUUGACAUAUUCCACCCGAGAACAGUACAAAAUGGUUUCCACUGGUACGAAUCCCGCUGAAAAGUCCUCCCUCCAGUUAUUGAUUAUAGCUUAGUAGUGAAUAAGAUAUUGUGUUAAGUUUUUACAAUUAAAAGUAUUUAAAGUAAUUUAUGAAUGACAAUUAUUUAAAAUUAGUAAAAUAAUAAUAAUCUAAAGGGCUUUUAAGAGAACUUGAUUUAUUGAUUCAAAAAAGUAUGGAUGUGUUUGUUUAAAAGAUAUUUUUUGAAAGUUUGAAAAUGGUUAUAGUUUGUGUGCUUCUAUAACAAAAAACAUACACCCAUAUUGGAGUAAACAUAUAAUUUCUGCUGAUGAUUAUGUUAAUGUUCAUACAUGUUUUUGCUGAAUGUUGAUUACACUCUCAAGUAAAAUAAUCAUAGUUUCAUAAGUUUUGAUAUCCAAUUACAAAUUUAAGGAUUCGUUUAAAAUUUAAUAAACAGUAUUGCAUUACCAUACAUAAAACAUACGUGUCGCUUAGUCUAUGACAGUACAUUCUAUUUUGUAUAUCACAAAACUGUACUUGAACUCGAGAAUAAAUAAAUUCUUAGGCCUUUCCUUAACUUUUAAUAGUAAUUUUAUUAGCGUACAAAUUUGUUUAUCUAAAAAUUAUAUUAUAAUAGAAAACAAAAAAAAAGAUUAAAUUUCAUAGCUAACCCCGAAAAUUGGUGGGAGGUUAUGUAAUGAUUGGGAGUAAACAGGAGAUUUGAAACAUCAAAAUAAUCCAAAACUUUAUGACUCUACUAAAUGUACAGAUAGAACUGUAUUUUAUUUAGGCCUAUACAAAUAAUAUUUAUUGUAUUUAUUUACUCAGGGUUAUCUUAUUUCUUUGAAUAACUUUUUGAAGGUUUAAUAUUAUUUUAACUAUACUAAUUCUAGGUGGAAACUUUCUAAGCCCAAUAGGAUAUUGUUUGCGUUCCUCAACAAUUUUGUUGGUCCAAACUAUGCUUGGACAAUUCCUUAUGACUUUAGGGUCCAAGUUGUUGAUAUUAUACAUUGUACACUGUUUACAAAUUGUUUUCUUCAUCCAUAAUGCUGCUUGUUUAUUCUCAAAGGUGGAUUAAUUGUGGAUUAUUUAUUGAUAUUGCUUUCAUAAAAAGGCUCUUAAUAAAUAUUUUACUUUUA